AUGGAACCUACAACCUAUCAGCGCUUCUGGAAUCAUUCGAUUUGGUAAGAUUAUAUUUGAAAGAGUGUCUGAAAGUUCGUUUUUCUAGACUGGUGCGAAAAGAAUGGCGUGGCAGUUUUGUUUUAUGAUCUAGAUCUGUUCUUCAUGAUCUACGCUUCUUUCUAUAUGAAAUUUUUUCAGGCUUCCCAUCUCCUACACUUGGGAUGACGUUCCAACAGUACCAUCGCAACUUCUGACAGCCGUCUACCUGGCCCCAUUCGUCUUUUGCAUCAGAAUCUUAUCAGAAGCCUUUAUUGGGUUGGGAAUUGGCAAACUACUUGGAUACCAACGGAAACCAUACUUAUCUUCAGCAUAUCAUCACAUCACGGGCGGAUUCUUAAAAUGUAGCAGAUCAAAGAAGAUUCUGGAGACCUUUUGGAGAUUCAUAUCGUACACGUUCUUGUUCGCAUUCGGUGUCUACGCUUUGCACGACAAAAGCUGGUUGUACGAUGUUCGACAAGGAUUCAUAUCAUAUCCAAAACAUGAAGUCGACACCAUCAUCUACUGGUACUACAUGAUCGAGUGUAGCUUCUACAUAUCAUUGUUGGCCGCCUCGCCCUUCGAUGCUCAGCGAUCGGAUGCCUGGCAAAUGUUUGUACAUCAUCUCAUCACCAUCGGACUGAUUGUAUUCAGCUGGACUGUCAAUUUUGUUCGAGUUGGUACACUGGUACUGAUCUCACAUGACGUUAGUGACAUAUUCUUGGAAGCUUGUAAAUUGGUACGGUACACGAAGAAGUAUCUGGAGCUGAGUAAUGCGUUAUUCAUUGUCUUCUUUAUAUCGUAAGUUAAUUUUUUUAAUGGUUUAUGUUGGUUUUGAGAUGUGGGUGAGAUUAAAAGACUGGUUUAUAUAAUGAAUCUUUCAUUCAUUCAUUUUUGGAAAAAAAGUUAUAUUUAUUACCUAAAAUAUGGGUUUUACUUGAACGUUGUUGUAAUUUCUUGGUUGAAAAUUCAAUUUUGUUUACUUUUUUCAAAUUUUAAAUAAAGUACUUUUAGCUGGAUUAUUUCCCGCCUCAUCUACUUCCCAGUAUUCGUUGUAUACACCGGGGUAGCCGAAGGACCAGCUCUAAUUCAACCAGAUUAUCCUGUAUGGAACUUUACUGUAAAACCAUAUGCCCCGAGAGUAAUAUUGAUGUUGCUCAUUGGGCUAAUGCUGUUACACAUCUUCUGGACCGUCCUCAUCUUCCGGAUAGUGGUAAAAGCGCUGAAAGAAGGCGAAGCAUCCGACAUUCGAUCGGAUUCAGAAGAAAGCGACGAUGAAGACGAUAGCAACGGGAAUCGACGGAAAAAACUCAAGAAGACAUAA